AAAUGCCUCGUAAAGGCUUUGAUUCAACACGACGUAUGCCGAUUGUAGUAAUUCCACGAAAACGAAAAUAUAAAAAUUACGUAUCAAGGCGACGAAAUACGCAACUUUUGGCGAAUUUACGACGAUGUCUUUCAGAUCCGAUGCUCUAUAAAAGUUUCAAUCAUUGGCAAAAAAUGGUUCGUCCUUUUACACCCAGCGAAAAUCCUCCAUCUAGCUUACAUGAGGAGGCCAGUGAUGGUCAAUCUGUCAAACAAAAGGGGACUUAUAUUUCAUCUAAUCUUAGCUUAAAACCAGUAUCAGAUAUUUCGAAAAUUGGAAUUACAGUUGUGGCUAAAGCUGCAGAAACGAAAAGUAAUUUAGAUAUAGAUCCAGUAACCAGUAAUUAUGAUCAGUAUGAAAAUGGACAAAAAAUUGGUAUUAAUAAUAUUGCUGUUGAGAAUAUUACAUUUGAUUCACUAAGUGAUGAUUUUGAUACAGUUUUGGGCAGAAGUAUUCAGGAUGAUGAAGUACGACAACCAUCAGUUGGACCAUCGAAUUCAAUUAGAACAUUGUCGCCAAAGACUUCGGUAAGAAGUCCGAAAGUUUCUUCAAUUUCUGCUAGAGAUGGAUCACUGAUUAGGCGACAGAAGGAAUUUCGUGAAUACGUGAAUUUAUCAGCGAUAAAUGAUAAUCUUGCCAGAAAAGAGGAGGAAAGAUCAGCUGAACAGAAGGCGCAAAAGACGGUUACAGCUGUUACAGCAGCUUUUUCGACGUUGCAAGCGUCAGUUGAAAGGAAAAAACAACCAAAGACAAAAAAAGCAAAUAUUAGAGCAUUCAUUCCACCGUCAGUGCCUGGACAUAAGCAGACUAAUAGUCUCUUUGCAACUCUACAGUUACCUCCUUCUGUUAGUGCAAAAAUUGAUCGAAUUAUCGCUAAUGCUGAUCGAAAAGAGAAAGAACGCCGAUCGAACCAUGCUCCGGUAAUAUUUUGCUGUUUGGUAUUUUUCUUCUGGAGAGUUCAAGACGAUCGUGAUGGCCAUUUAGUUUAUGAAGAUGGUGAUGUUAUAUACGGACGAGAUGAAAUAGUGAGAACUUUGGGCGAAGGCACAUUCGGUAAAGUAGUUCAAGUCAAAGAUAAUAAUCAGAAUGGUCGGAACUUCGCUCUUAAAGUUAUCAAAAAUGUUAGCAAGUAUCGUGAAGCAGCUCGCUUAGAAAUCAAUGUUUUGAAAAAGCUGCAGGAGCGCGAUCCUCAUGGAAAGAGUUUGGUUAUUCAAUUACUUGAUCACUUCGAUUAUCAUGGACAUAUGUGCCUUGUUUUCGAUUUAUUGGGAUUAAGUGUUUUCGACUUCAAGAAGGCUAACAAUUAUCAAGCAUAUCCGAUGGAUCAAGUGCGGUACAUUGCCUAUCAGCUAUGUUAUGCAGUGAAAUUUAUGCAUGAUAACAGAUUGACACAUACAGAUCUCAAGCCAGAAAAUAUUCUUUUCGUAAAUAGUAAUUAUAGAGACGAAGGAAAAGGAAAGAAACCCUCACGAAUAAUUGAAGAUGCGAGAGUACGACUUAUUGAUCUCGGUUCAGCCACGUUCGACCAUGAACAUCAUUCAACAAUAGUUUCAACCCGACAUUAUAGAGCUCCGGAAGUAAUAUUAGAACUCGGUUGGGCUCAACCAUGUGAUGUAUGGUCGAUUGGAUGUAUACUGUUUGAACUGUAUCGCGGUAUUACAUUGUUUCAAACGCAUGAUAAUCGCGAACAUUUGGCUAUGAUGGAACGAAUACUAGGAAACAUUUUUUUUUACAUUUACAUUUUUAAAUGUAUCCCCAAUCGAUUUAAAUCGGUUAGGACGAAAUAUUUUUAUCAUGGCCGGUUGGAUUGGAACGAAAAAACGCAAGCGGGUCAAUAUGUACGUGAUAAUUGCAAACCUUUAGAGCGCUAUAUGAAAUCAAACGAUCCUGAAGAUGUUGAAUUAUUCGACAUUAUAACUGAGAUGUUAACAUAUGAACCUUCUCAGCGUUUAGCACUUGGAAGUGCAUUAGAUCAUUCUUAUUUCAAACGACUAUCAUCACAUCUUAGGUUACAUGAUAAUCCGACUACAAACGGGUCAACUGCAAAUACUACCAAUGAAGAUGUCGCUCAACGAU